UUAUCCAAAAAAAGGGUACCCGACUUACAUCUCUGUUUCUCCAUUCCAAAAACCCUUUUAAAAACCCGAAUAGAUUUAUCCAUUUUUCCAAAAACCCAUGUGAAAUAGCUUAAAAAUUAUGGAUGUGUAGAUAAGGACAUGCAUUCAUGAGUUGGGUUUGGACCAAGUAUCUUAUUGGGGGUGAAGGUGAAUGGGUUGUCUCAUCUCUCAUCUCGCUGCCAAAUUCGCCUUCUUUCCUCCAUCGCCCCCAACUUAUCAGAUCAAGAAACGUGAUGAUGGCAAGCCAAUUGCUGUCUAUUCAUCUUCCUCCAUCCCCCUCACCGGCGGCGGUCUUGACGACGGAGGUGGUGGUGGUGCCGGCUGUUCACUUGAUGUGUUGUCAAUAAACACCAAAAGAGGCAACAAGAUCGUAGCUUUUUAUCUUAAAAACCCAUAUGCAAGGCUCACCUUACUCUAUUCUCAUGGCAAUGCUGCUGAUUUGGGUCAACUUUUUGACCUCUUUGUUCAACUCAAAGCUAAUCUCAGAGUCAAUCUCAUGGGAUAUGAUUACUCGGGCUACGGUGCUUCUACGGGCAAGCCAAGUGAGCUUAAUACGUAUGCAGACAUAGAGGCAGUUUACGAGUGUCUUCAGACCGAAUAUGGAGUUAGUCAGGAAGACUUAAUUUUGUACGGACAGUCGGUCGGGAGUGGGCCCACACUGCAUUUGGCGGCUCGGCUGCCGAGGUUAAGAGGUGUAGUUCUUCAUAGUGCCAUUCUUUCGGGCCUUCGUGUCGUGUGUCACGUGAAGUGUACACUUUGCUUCGAUAUCUACAAGAAUGUGAACAAAAUUCGGAAGGUCAAGUGCCCGACGCUUGUCAUACACGGCACCGAAGAUGAUGUGGUGAAUUGGUUACAUGGUAACGGACUAUGGAAAAUGGCUAAGGACCCGUAUGAACCGUUAUGGAUAAAAGGUGGCGGCCAUUGCAACUUAGAACUGUAUCCGGACUACAUCCGCCAUCUUUGUCGGUUCAUCUACGAAAUGGAAACCAUCACCACCAAAACCCGACUCACAAAAAUCAAGUCAACUCUGCGCAUACCCAAAAAGUCAAACCCCGAUACACGCAGCUGCUGUUGUAUAAAACCCAGGCUGCCCGACUGCUUGAAAUGUCCAAGACCUCGCUGCCCGAGCUGCCCAGAAUGUUGCAAACCUAGCUGCUGUUUUCUAAACUGGAAAUGUGGGUGUUGCUGGACAAUGAAGCUACCGAAAUGCCCAAAUGUGAAGUUACCAAAAUGCCCAAAUGUGAAGUUACCGAAAUGCCCAAAUGUGAAGUUACCAAAAUGCCCAAAUGUGAAGUUACCGAAAUGCCCAAAUGUGAAGUUACCAAAAUGCCCAAAUGUGAAGUUACCGAGAUGCCCAAAUGUGAAGUUACCAAAAUGCCCAGAUGUGAAAUUAUCUAAAUGCGCUUCUUGUUUGAGAUGCGGAUGCUUGGCGUGUUCGUGCAAGUGCGUAAAUUGUUCGUGUUGGUGAUAGUUUUUUCGAGACGGUGGUGGGUAUACGCGGGGAAAAGGGUUUAAAUGUAAUUUUAAGUGUUUGUAUAGAUUUGGUGGCUGAAAAUGGCGUUUUUUGUCUGAGAUUUAUUAUUGAGGAAGAGGGUUAUUUUGGGAAAGUUGUAAGCGUUUGCGAGUAUCUGAAAUCUGUAUGUGGACAGCGGUUUUAGAGAUCGAUUAAUUUUGGUAUUUAUAUAUGCUUCGGUUUGAUGCUCU